UCCUCUCUGUGCCUGGGGCUCCAAAUCUGUCAAACUAAGGCCAUCGACUAGGGCACCCCGUCGCCACCCUUCUGGACCAGAGGCUGUAGCACACCCCCGCAGCAGUCCGGGUCCCGGGCGCACAGGACGCGCACCCACAAGGCCGGAAGAAGUGGGGCGGGGCCUCUAGGCAGUUGGGCCUGAACGGACUGGGGGAGGGGAGCGCGGGGCACAUGGUCUCUGGGAAAAAGCAAAAGGCGGGUGCAGGGCUGCCUCCCACGGCUCUACUUGCUUGCAUUUCCUCCCGCUUUGCUGAGUUGGGAGUCGCGACCUCCAGGACAGAUUUUCUAAGAUGUGGUGCUGCAGGCUGUCCCAUCUACACGGCAGGCUCCAGAACCUGCUGAGCAGAGGAGUCACAUGCUCAGCCUUCCAACAGCCCAACUUCAAAAGCUUGUUUCCAUUAGCCAUCCGUUGGCACCAUACGGCUUCCAAGUCUCUGAACUGUGCUUGGCAGCAACACGAAGAUCAUUUUGGUAAGAUAUAUGGAGACAGAUACUUCAUUUUUUUUAAGUUUUAUUUUCAUUCCAGUCAGUUAACAUAUAGUGUAAUAUUAGUUUCAGGUGUAGAAUUGAUUCGACACUUCCAUACAACACCUGGUGCACAUGACAACUUUUCUAAAAUUUUGAUAUGUUCUCUUUUCUCCACUGAACAGAAGACUUUAAUUUUUUCCCUUUUCAGCAUUCAAGUGUUUCACUGUCUUAAGCAUGAAGGAACAGGUGGCAGGACACUGCUGGUAGAUGGAUUCUAUGCAGCAGAUCAGGUACUUCAAAAGGCACCUGAGGAAUUUGAGCUCCUCACCAAAGUGCCACUGAGGCAUGAAUAUAUUGAAAAUGUUGGCGAAUGUCACAACCACAUGAUUGGGGUUGGGCCAGUCUUAAAUACCUACCCAUGGAAUAAAGAGCUGUAUUUGAUCAGAUACAACAACUAUGACAGAGCUGUCAUCAAUACUGUGCCUUAUGAUGUUGUCCAUCGUUGGUAUACAGCACACCGGACUCUGACAGUAGAGUUGAGGAGACCUGAGAAUGAGUUUUGGGUCAAACUAAAGCCUGGCAGGGUUCUAUUUAUAGACAACUGGCGUGUCCUACAUGGCAGGGAAUCCUUCACUGGCUAUCGCCAACUCUGUGGCUGCUAUUUAACAAGGGAUGAUGUAUUAAACACUGCUCGUCUCUUGGGGCUUCAGGCUUAAAAUUGACAGCAUUAGGAUUAUGAACACACCCGACAUCCUGCCUACCAGAAUUUCAUAUCAGCAGAAUAAUAUUGUGUCAAUAUCUACUUCAAAUUGUCUCUUUAUCUCAUCACACAAAACAGAAGUUGCAACUAGAUCAGUUAGAAAGGAAAGCAUUUUAGGAAUAACAAAGCCUUUAUAAAGCAGGAUAAAGCAAAAUGUUUGGUCUUAGGACACGUUAACACUAUUAAAAGUCAUUGAGGACCCCAAAAAGUUCUUGGAUGUGGAUUAUAUCUAUUGAUACUAACUGUAUUAGAUAUUAAGACUGAGAAAUGUUUAAAAUUCAAGAACACAAAAUCACACAUCCCUCUCAGUGUCAGAGAGAUGACAUCAUCACACAUCAGGUAGCCUUUGGAAAAGCCUCUGUACAUUUAUGAGAUAAUGGGAGUUAAAAAGGCAAAUAUCACCUCAGUGUUAUCAUAAAAAUAGUUUUUAAACUACAGGCCCACUAAAAGGGUCUCAAGGAUCCUUACAGGUGUUUUCAGACCACUCUUUAAGAACCAGUGAGCUGGAGGAUACCUUAGGACAGUCCUUUACAUAGACCUGUGGAUUAAAGAGUUUAACUGAAACCCUACAUUUAUACCUACAGUGUCCUAUAACUACAGAUACUACAGAAAUUGCUUCAUAACACAAGCUCUGUGAUAAGGGAGUAACUAAAUACAAACACGUGUUUGUAUCUUACAAGAAGAGUUAUCUCCAUCCACGUCAUCUCUUGAGGAGUUAAACUAGGAAGUCACAAUAGCUCCUGUGGAACAAAACCAUCAGUUCAAUAAUUGUGUGAGGGAUAAUUACAGAAAGUUUUUAGAGACUUCUGAGGUUCCAUAUGAUAAUGCAUAUAUACACACAUACGCCACAAGAGAGUACAGAGGGUUAGUCUGUAAGACUGUUCAGUGAACUCAUCAUGAUAGAUAAUGUGCUUCCAAAGAAUUGGACAUCACUAUCCAAACUUGCAUUUUUUCUUUUGACGGAAUUUAGGAUGCAAUCUGUUUUCUCCAUUUCUGCUGAUCUUUUUUUCUUCUCUUAAAAUAUUAUACUUUUUAAUUGCUAAGAUUUGACAGGGUUAAGUUUAAUACCUUGUUUCUUUUAUUUUUUUUAA